AUGGCGGAUGUUUGGCCCGGGGCCGGGAGUCCCAAGGAGUCUAACGAUUACCUCUACACUUACCAGAAACUCGAGAACUCCAAUGACAUCCGUCUCGUCGCCCUUCUCCCUGGCGAACACGACCAUGAUAUAGUCAUCGAGAUCUCCCAUGUCCCGCUUCCCGCGCCCAUGUCAUCUGUGUCGCUCCACCCGGAGAGGAUGUCAUUGGAACAGGUUGCCGCAACCCUACCUCCCGGCUGGGCGGCGUUUGAGGCUUGGGACGGCCGGUAUAUCUUUUGGGGAGAUGACGGAUCAGACGUGGAGCGGUUCACAUGGACUCACCCGGACCCAUCGUUCAACCAUACCCUCUACCAAAACCCAAAGCGUGCCAAUUUCGAGCCCAGCUAUGAAGCCCUUUCAUAUACUUGGCGCGCUGUGGCAGGAGGAACACCAGAGACGAUCUAUAUUUGGACGGGAUCGAUUCCGCCUCCAGGCUACAGCUGCCUCCAGGUUGGCCACAAUCUUGCCUCGGCCAUGCGGCAUCUACGUAAUCAAACGGAGAAACGCAUGCUUUGGAUAGACGCCCUGUGUAUCAACCAAUCUGAUACCGACGAGAGAAAUGCUCAGGUCCAGCGCAUGUGCGACAUCUUCAAGCUGGCGGAAAAAGUUGUGUUCUGGCUCGGCACAGAAACCGAAAACAGCACACGCGCCCUACAGGCCCUUGAAUAUCUCGGAAAACAGUCCGUCUCCACGUUAAACGACUGGAAGCUCAUGACACCGGAAGCCACCGAGCCAGACUGGUAUUUGAAAAGAACCAACGUGGUCCGAGCCUACCCUCACGAGACGUGGACUGCCAUUAAUGACCUCUUAUGCCGCGAGUGGUUCUACCGUCAAUGGAUUGUACAAGAGAUUAAACUCGCAAGAGGCGCCGUCCUGUGCUGCGGCGAUACGUCCAUUGACUGGCUCUACUUCCGCUAUGCGAUUCGGAACCUGUAUCAGAAGGAGAGCCUUCCCGAUUCGCUUUCUCGCCCCGUCCUUUCCGUCGUCAACAACCUCGUGCAGCCAGAGAGCGGAGCCGUGCCUCUUUCCGAUCUCAUGUUUCAGCUGAGCAAGACCAGGUACUCGGACCCGCGAGACCGUGUCUAUGGCUUACUUGGGCUGCUUACCCCAGCCUUUCGCAACAAGAUCCGUCCCGACUACAAGAUGACGGUCGGCGACGUUUUUAGAAAGACCUUCCUUGCCCACACUCGGCAUGUCCAACGUCUGGAACUCUUGCAUCACUGUCAUUUGACAAAGUCGGCAAACUUGAGGGACUCGUUUCCGUCUUGGGUUCCAGAUAUGUCCGAUUCUUCGCUCCCUCCGAUGAUGAGAUAUCAGUUUGCCGCCGGUUUUUCACGUUACCACCCGCCCGACACGGAGGCGACUGGAGAUUUGGAUCGAUGGCCACCACCACACUCGGACGACGCAAGGACAACGACCUUGAUGGUGCUCGGACUCCGGUGUGCCUCGGUCAAAUCUGUCUCGUCAAAAUUUCCGGAAAAGGUUGAUGAUUUAAUCUGCAGUGUCAGGAACUUGGCAUCUGACGAGUUGGCUGCGAACAACACGGAGGCAUACGUUACCGGAGAGCCCUUCAAGGUCGCGUUUGCCAAGACGUUGUGUGGCAACCGUCUUCUCGAGAGAUUUCCCGGGGAUGAGUCGCACUCCCCUAGCUUGGCCACCUGGCUUCAACAGAACUCCGCCUAUGCUUUAUUCGGCGACGGCACACGCCUGGGCAGUUCCGCUGUGGUGGAUUCGGUCGCCAGUGAAGAUUCAACCCUCCCUUGGUUCGAACACACUGUUCUGGAGCGCCUCAUGAACCGGCGUUAUGUGGUGACGGAGGAAGGGUAUGUAGGUCUUGGACCCCCUGAUAUUCAACCAGGCGACAUCAUCUGCGUCCUCCUAGGUCUUUGCACCCCUGUCGUCCUACGACCGCGACCACAACCAAGCAGCUCAAGAAAUACAGAAGAGUUUCUGUACGUUGGCCCAAUCUACGUGUACGGUCUUCAUGACGCGAUGGGCAUGUUAGGCCCAUUGCCCAAGCCAUGGCGCGUUCAGGUGCUCCAGGACGAGUCCGGCUUUUGGGGCACAUAUCGGUUCUUCAACCCUGACGCCAACGAGCUAUCGGAUGAGGAUCCAAGACUACCUUCCCUAGAGGUGGAAGGCAGGUGGGAGAGACUGGAUGGUAUCAAAAGGACGGCCGACGAUCCAGUGGUGUUCCAGCGUUUCAGGAAUAAGCUGACUGGCGAGACGAUCAGCCAUGACCCGCGGAUGGAGCCCGACGCUCUGAGAGCCCGGGGAGUUGAUGUCCGGACUUUCAAUCUGGUGUAA